AAUUAUUAGGAAAAAAACUAGAGUUAAUGAUGGUAAACAACAGGUCACUGCUCAAACUUGCCACAAACCUGCAAUGGAAGUCAAGAAGAUCAAAAGAAGCCAUUCCCUAACUGAUGUAAAAGAAGAAAUCACAAGCGACGAAGAAGAACUUACACUCCUAGGAAGCAUAAAAAGUGGUAGCAAAAAGAAUGUCACUUCAAAACGAAAGAAGAGGAACAAUGAUGACUCUAAAAAGACUGCUAAAAAAAUAGCAGUUGAUCUUGAAACUGAAAGGAUAAACCAUCUGCGCAAUGUUCACCGGAUCACUGUAGUAGGUGAGAACCCCCCACCUCCUGUGGAGAGCUUCGAACAGCUGCAAGUUGAGCAUAGAGUAAGCAAGAUAAUUGUGAAAAACUUGUUGUCAUCAGGCUACGAACUACCAACACCUAUACAGAUGCAGGCAAUCCCUGCAAUGGCUCAGGGUCGUCAAAUACUAGCUUGUGCACCUACAGGCUCAGGCAAAACCAUUGCAUUUUUGGUACCAAUGCUUCAUAGUCUGGCUUCACCAAAGAACUCUGGAUUCCGAGCUCUGAUAGUCUGCCCCACCAGGGAACUUGCUCGGCAAAUUUUCAGGGAGUGUGCUUGGCUCAGUGAAGGGACUGGUUUGAGAGCUCAACUUAUCAAGAAAGCAUCAUUAGCUCCAGGGAAAAUACCUCCUAACUUUGGCAACAAGUUUGAUAUCCUGAUUACAACUCCUAACCGGAUCAUUUAUCUUCUUAGGCAGGAACCCCCAGUGUUAUCUCUAAAAAGUGUACAGUGGUUGGUGGUGGAUGAGUCAGACAAGCUGUUUGAGGCAGGGCCGCGGGGCUUCAGAGACCAGCUGGCAGAGCUGUACAAGGGUUGUGACUCUCAGGAUGUACGGCGAGCCAUGUUCAGCGCUACACACACUGUACAGGUGGCCAAGUGGUGCCGCAAACACCUGGACAACCUACUGUGUAUCACCAUCGGACACAGGAAUACAGCAGUUGAUCUGGUUAAACAGGAGUUGAUAUUUGUUGGCAGCGAGCCCGGAAAGCUUAUUGAAUUCCGCAAUCUUAUUCAACAGGGCCUACCUCCACCAGUGUUGGUGUUUGUUCAGUCUAAGGAACGAGCUCAAGAGUUGUUCAGUGAACUGAUCUAUGAUGGGAUAAAUGUGGAUGUGAUUCAUGCUGACCGGACACAGCAGCAGAGAGACAACACUGUCCGCGCAUUCAGGGAGGGUAAAGUCUGGGUGUUAAUUUGUACGGAGCUAAUGGGACGAGGUAUUGACUUCAAAGGGGUCAACUUGGUCAUCAACUAUGACUUUCCUACAUCUGCCAUCUCCUACAUUCACAGGAUCGGUAGAACGGGACGAGCAGGCAGGCCGGGCAGAGCUGUUACAUUCUUCACUGAAGCAGAUCGUCCCAUAUUGAGGAGCAUUGCCACAGUGAUGAAGGACUCGGGUUGUGAGGUACCGGAGUACAUGUUGGCCUUGAAGAAGGUCAGCAAGAGAGCGAAACGGAAGCUAGAGCAGAGAGCUCCUGAGAGAAAACCAAUCAGUACGAUGCCCUCCUACGUCAAGUACAGAGCCAACAGACUCAAGAGUAAAAUCGAAAGCACCAAGAAAAAGAAAUCAAAGAAAACCAAUGGACCACCGACUAAACAUACCACUGUUGAGAGGUAAUGAAUGUAUUUUUAAUCUGUAAAUAAAAG